AUGGGACAACAUUAUUGGUCAAUAGAAAAUUUAAAUUUAGCGUCUAAAGGAUGGAUUUUAAAAGCCAAAGUUAUAAGUAUUAGUCCAUUAAAUAGUUUUCAAAAUAAAAUUACCAAUGCGAAUGGUCAAUAUUUAAAUGCCACACUUAUGGAUGAGAAUGGAUCGCAAAUCACAGCAGUAUUUUGGAAUUCUGCUGCUAUUCAUGUUUCUUCAGUUUUAAAAAUUGGAGAAACUUAUACUUUUAGUAAAGGGUUAGUGAAAGUUCCAAAUCGAAGAUAUUCCAAUGCAUCUCUUUGCCCGUUUGAAUUAGUUUUUAAUUCAUUAGAAAAAUGCGAUAUCACACCCUGUACUGGGGAAGAGUCUAUUGGAGCGGACGUUUCUUAUACUUUUCAUUCAAUUCGCAGCGUAAUCAAAUCGAACAAUGAAUACCCUUUUAUUACUAAUAUUAAAGGCAUUAUUCAUGAAGUAGGUAAAAUUAGAUCAGUUACAACAAAAGAUAAUGAGGCUAUGCAAGUCUUCACUGUUACACUUGUCGAUGCUUCAAAACAUGGAAUUAGAAUUAAUUUUUGGAAGCCUCAGUACUAUGAAGACAUGCAUGUUGGCGAAAUUCUCAAAAUCGUAUCAUGCCAGAUAAAAGAGAACAGACAAGCUAUCGAAGGUACAUUUUUAAAUAAUAGUUUGAUUAUGAAAAAUCUUAAUGAGGACGAUUAUCAGUUAAUUGAAUGGUACAAAGAGCAUUCAUCUAAUUUAACAAUAGUUAACAUGGAAACCAACUUCCAAUCUGAUUAUUCAGCCGAACUGGUCGUAAGUUUAAAUGAAUUAAUAUUUUUAGGAUUUGAAAGAUAUUUGCAAGACUCCAAUAGAAGACAAAGAGGCUAA